UUGCUCAGUCGCAGUGCACACAGCCAGUCUACAGCAUCCCUACCAGCCUGCCUCUCACACUCACACACUCUCCAUUCAGCUCCCUCAUCCACAAACACAGAUAGCAGAGCGACCAGCAGCUUACUCACUGAGCCAGAGCUAAGAGGAACAGAGAGCGCAGGGAGGGAGUGACAAAUAAGGUUUAUACGUACAUAAAAGAAGAUGAGGAUGCCUGUGCCCGCACAGCGCCCCCUCUACCUCCUCCUGCUUCUGCUGAGUGCCGGGGGUGGGGGUUUCUCCUCCCCCCUUGAUCUGGAGCCCCCUYCUCCGGAGGCGGCUGCCCCGGCUGAGGCUGACCCCACCCAGGCCACUCCCCUGCCUGACCCCUGCGAGGGACGGCCUUGUCUCAACGGAGGUGCCUGCUCGGCUCAGCCCUCCGACCCGGAGACAGAGGACACUCUGCCCAACACCUGGGCUUACAGCUGCACCUGCACCUCCGGUUUCACCGGACGCAACUGUGAGUUUUUCACAGACCCCUGUGCCAGCAGCCCCUGUUUCCAUGGCAACUGUAGCCGCAGUGGUGAGGGCGAGGCUUACACCUGCGAGUGCAUCGAGGUACAGGAAAGGGGAAAACGUGUGAGCGAAGCCACCUUGGACCUGCUGCCUGUCUCCAAUUGGGACCACGCCACACCCCCUGCCCCGAACAGAGCCCACGCCGCCACAUGCCCACAACCGCCCUCAGCCCUCCAGCCAACCAUGGUGUCCACUACAACGCAGGCCCACUCACACGCUGCAGCGUGGCAGCCUAAGGCUGGACAGAGACUCUUGGUGUGCAGUGGGGAGAAAGAAAGUAUGUUUGUCUCUGUGUGGUCACAUGCACCAUGGGGUGGUGCUGCUUCUGUGAGUGUGUAUGUGUGUCUCUGUGUGUAUGUAUGUGUGUGUGAGUUCCUGUUCCAGGUGACAGAGGGACUGCAUUGUGUGAGUCCUGAGCUGUGUGAGCUGACCUCUGGAACUCUGACUCUCUCUCUAGAGGUGCCUGAGGAGACUGCCAUCAAGAUUGUGGUGAAUGUGAGUGGAGCUCCCGUCCUGUGGCGUGUUGACAAGGAUGGCUUUCAGCAUUCCUCCUUGGUGGAGGGGACCAUCAUGUGGUUCCAGCAGGUCUCAGAUGGACUGGUGGUCCCUGACCACUCCCUCCCCAUGGGACACAACUACUUCCUCAGUGUGUUGCGCAUGGGCGCCCCCAGUGGCUCGGAGGUCACCCUGCGUCUCAAUCUGACAGUGAAGGCCAGCAGCUGUGUGGAGCCUGGCAGCCGCUUCAGCGACCCACAAUGCUCUGGGAAGGGGAAGUGCAUCACUCAGCCCUCUGUGAGCACCUUCUUCUGUGAGUGUGAGGAUGGUUACUCUGGGAUAUUCUGUGAGGAGUUUGAUGCCUGCCACCUCAGGCUCUGCCAGAACUACGCCAUCUGUAGUGACUUGAGGCAGGGGGACGAGGGCCGUAACUUCACUUGUAUCUGCCCUCCAGGGUUCCAGGGUGAUCUUUGCCAGUUGCAGGUGGACCACUGCCUGUCUCAGCCCUGCAGGAACGGGGCUACCUGCUCCAGCAGCCUGGCUGGACCCAGGUGCUACUGCCCUGAGGGGUAUCAGGGCAGUAUGUGUGAACAGAGGGUGGACCCAUGUGCCUCCAGCCCCUGCCACAACAACGGGAGCUGRUUCCCUCAGGGUCCCGGCCUGGACUUUGGCUGCAGCUGUGCUGCCGGCUUCACCGGCCCAACCUGUGCCCAGCUGGUGGACUUCUGUGCCCUCAACCCAUGUGCCCAUGGGAUCUGCCGCAGUGUGGGCACCAGCUACAGGUGUCUGUGUGUCCCAGGGUACCAUGGUCUGUACUGUGAGGAGGAAUACAACGAGUGUCUGUCAGCCCCCUGCCAGAACUACGCUACCUGCAGAGACCUCAUCAACGCUUACGAAUGUGUCUGCACUCCCCAGUAUGAAGGCAGACACUGUGAGAUCUACAGGGAUCCUUGUCUGAAGGCUCACUGUCAGAACGGAGGACGCUGUGAUAGUGUGGGCCUCAAUGCCACCUGUGUCUGCCCACCUGGUUACCUGGGGGAGGACUGUGAGGUUGAUGUCAACGAGUGUGAGAGCAACCCCUGUCAUCACGGUGGAACCUGCAUCGACCAAUCAAAUGCCUACACCUGCCACUGCCCCCCAGGCUGGAUAGGGGCCAGCUGUGAGAUACACUUGCAGUGGAAGACGGCCCACCCCGAGGACACCCUGACCAACAUGCCACGUCACUCCCUCUACAUCAUCAUCGGUGCCCUGUGCGUGGCCUUCGUCCUCAUGCUCAUCAUCCUCAUCGUGGGCAUCUGCCGCAUCAGCCGCAUCGAGUACCAGGGCUCAUCUCGCCAUGCCUACCAGGAGUUUUACAACUGCCGCAGCAUCGACAGCGAGUUUAGCAACGCCAUCGCCUCCAUCCGCCAUGCCAGAUUUGGGAAGAAGUCCCGGCCGGCCAUGUACGACGCCGCACCCAUCACCUACGAGGACUACAGCCCUGACGACAAGCCCCUGGUCACUCUGAUCAAAACAAAAGAUUUGUAGAAAACACAGAGGCAGCACACCCACCCACACACAGUACCACGCAUCACCUGUUCACACAUACAACUAACUGCACAUGUUCGGAUGUGCACCAAUACACACAAAUGCAAACCAUUUAGUAUUUCUUUACAUAAACAUUGAAAAAAUAAAUGUGGACAAAACAAUAGUUCUGCGGGAAGAAAAAUACUAAUCUAUUUUACGGUUGGAACAUCCAUAAAGCUACUGUAGCAUAAGAGUGUACCUUGCAUUAUUUUAGUAGGUGUUGGGUGACAUUGCCAUGUUGGUUGCUUCUUCUCUCCAGUAGAAUGUGACUACAUUACCCAGGAUGCCAUUGGGGUCCUAGAGGGUGCGGUUCCUGACGUCCCCCACCAACCCAUGAGCUCAGUUUAAAGUGUAGAUUCAGCAGAGGCUGCUGAUAGGAGUUCUUACAGGUGUGGUAGAAAUAGGUGCACUUGUCAUAGUGCAGUACGAUAUAUAUAUAUAUCUUUCUAUAUAAAAAAUCUGCAGUAGGUUGCCUUACUUGAUGCAUGGGUAGAUUUGAUGGUUUCUGCAUAAUUUUGAAACCCUCCGUACAUUGUGAUUAAUUUACUGUAUCUUUACCAGGUUUGUGCCAAAAUCGUCUCCUUCUUCAGGCAACAACGUGUGGUAGAAGUAGAACAGACGUAAAAAAAACACUAUGGGGGAAGCUUUAAAACAGUGUUUUAAAAAAACAAACAUUGGUUGUCAUGUUUUUGUUAUUUACAAGUUCUGUACAAGUAAAGAAGGAGAAAUAAUUGUAUUCACAGUGUUGUAUGGUUUCCCUAUAUGAGGACAGUGUUUUUCGCAGGAGUGGUCGGAGUAGCCAAUGGGCGGGUCUUGUGUGGAUGACUGACAGGUGGGGAGGGCGGGUCUUGUGUGGAUGAUUGACAGGUGGGGGGUCAGCUGGUGAGUCUGCUCCAGUAACAUGUGCUUCUGUGUCCCAGGUAUAGGUGUCUCUCUCUGUUUGUGUGCGGUUGUGUUGUUCCACUCAGGGUCAACCCCUGGGUGCAUUGGUUUUGUGGCGUCGGAUGGGCGGCACAUUUAGACCAUUCCAUUGGUUCUUUAGUAAAAUCUCUGCCCACUCGGAGCACCGAGUGAGCUCUCCACUUGACUGAUGUUUAGCCAACUAGGGUCAUUGUCCUUUUUUUAAAAGAGAAGAACCACAUGAUUAUUAUCUAUGUUCAAUGAUGUAACAAUAAAGGUUUAAGUGAACACAAA